CCGACCCUGACACCAAAAAGGGACAUUCAAUUCGUAUUUUCCAGUUCAGUACGGGUUCUGUAUCAUGUUGCUUUCCUUUUUUCUAUUACACACGUGUUUAUUUCCCCUAUAUAAUCUCUCGCGCAUGAUUAAAGCUUACGCUAUUCUCGCUAUCCCCUGCUACAUUGCUUCCCUAGGGUUUUCGACUUCAUCGUCGACCUUCGAUCAUAACCGCACCAAACCAAUGGUGGCUGCUAGACAUGACCGGCCAGUGAAUGUUCCUCUCGUGUCUCCGUCUCACUCGUUUGCGUCUGAAGACGAAGAUCCCAUGUCAAAGGUCGUCAGCUUAAGCUCAACUUCAAAGCGUGAGGUUAAAAACUUGAAGCUAAAACUAAUCUCCGAGGUGGAUAAAGUUAGGAUCGUAAUCACAAGGUUCGAUCCCCAAGGCGGAAACAAGAAAAUAGAAACAGUUAAGAAGAGCGGGCAUGGAGGUACGGUUCAUAUUUUCAGGAACUGUAACAACUUGCUUAGGAAGUUGAUGACGCAUAAGUAUGGAUGGGUGUUCAAUGUCCCAGUGGAUGCUGAAGGACUUUGCUUGCGUGAUUACCACACCAUCGUUAAAGAGCCUAUGGAUUUGGGUACAGUGAAGUCUAAGUUGGGGGAGGGUUUGUAUAACUCACCGUUGGAUUUCGCUGAGGAUGUGAGACUUACUUUUAACAAUGCCAUCUUGUAUAAUCCAAUGGGGAAUGAUGUGCAUAGUAUGGCUAAGUUGUUACUGAGUAUGUUUGAGGAGAAGUGGGUUUCCAUUGAAGUGCAGCUUGAUAGUCUUCCCAUUGUAGACCCAUUACCAGCUCCUACAGUACUCAAGGAUAGGACUUUGGAGAGAGUAGAGUCUAUGACAACACCAGUGGAGACUCCUGUUGAUAAUAGGGACCUUACGCUGGAUGAGAAACGGAGACUCAUCGAAGAGCUUCAGGACUUGCCUUGUGACAAACUAGAGACAGUUGUUCAGAUUAUAAAGAAGAGUAAUCCAGAACUCUCUCAACAAGACGAUGAUGAGAUUGAGCUGGAUAUUGACAGUCUUGACAUUCAAACGCUUUGGGAGCUGUAUAGAUUUGUGACUGGGUAUAAGGAGAGCUUGAAUAAUAGAAAAGAGGAUCAGGGGUUUGGUUCAGAAAGAGAUGCUGAAUCUGCUCACAAUAUUAUCCAAGAACCGGCCGAUUCUGACAGUGAUAGCUCCUCGGGACGUGGAUUAGAUGCUGGCAAUUAGGGUUGACAAGUUAAAAAAAAGUGGUUAGCUUAAUUAUAGUCAGAGUACGUUGUUACCCAUCUCUUUUAAUAGCACAGUUAGAAUUUUUCUACGUCUAUCACUUUUCACGUUCGGAUUGUUAUCUGUUUUUGGAUUUUUUUUUAACUUUACAGAAAGAAGCUGAACAAUAUAUUUUUAGAUGUCUUUGUCUCUUGUCAUUGAUGUAAUAAACAUAUUUUUGUUCCACUGCGUCUUCGUUUGGAACAAUUGAAAGUUUGAUUUUUAGAACAAUAGGUUUCUUAUUUAUCAUAAUCAUCAGAAAAAAAUAUAAUGGAUGCCUUAACUUCGAUAGAAAAGAAGAGAGAAGGAAUAUGAGCAGCUUGCAAUAUGGUCCGGAGCAUUGGUUUUGAUGUGAUCAACACUAUAAGAAACAUGCGACAACAUCUCCAUACCCCAAAGGCUCAUAGUCAAAUGUACCAUUUGCAUCAGAAAGAUUCUAAGUUGGAGCUAUUGUAUUUGUAGAUAAUAAGGCUCUCUUAACAGUAUAUAUAUAUACCAAGAUCCAAUCUGGUUAUCAAUCAGUGAAUUGAAAGAGAAGUAGUAUUCAAUCUUAUGACAAUAUAAGACUGAAUAUCUUUUCUUCUUCAACAGGAUGAACCUAUAAUCUAUGGCCACUUGUUCUGAAACCAGCCAUUAGUGCUGAAAACAAGUUAAAAGCAUCCCAUCAUCUUUAAAAGCAAUACUAGUGAUAUUUAUACUAUAGAUGAUAUACACAUCAUACAACAGCGUCAAGCGCACCUCAACAACUGACCAAUGAUAUGCGACAUCACAUGUCAACCCUCGACUCAUGUAUACGGGAUC